CUGGAUCUGCUCCUGAAGGAAGACGGGUCUGUCAGAAUCACGAUUCUCUCUGAGUUGAUUCCAGGAUGGAGUUCCUGGUGCUCCUGGCAUUUCCCAUGGUGGCAUGUGGCUGCUUCCCAGGACAUAGGUCCGACCUGUCCUCGGGACUCCUCGCUCUGACCCUGACCACUCUGCCUCGGCAAGCAGAAACGGAACUCUUUAAUGACAUGUUUUCCUUCAUGUGGCAUGUAGCUUCAAUGCUUUCAUUUGCUUCAGAAGAUAUCUAUGAUCAGUAUAUGCAGCGGUACCAUUUGAGCACAAUGAAAAAGAUAGUGCCUCCAGAGUGUGUUACUGCAGGCCUUCCUCAUCCUCGCACUGUGGAUGAAGUGUCAAAAACACCUGUGCCUCAGUUGAUGCUGAGUGCGUUAGACCUCGUUCAAGCCUGGAUAACUGCUUCUGAGGACCUCCCUCUUCCUGGACUUGUGCCCCAUCGUGUCUUCAAUUACUAUAGCCUACUGUUUCUGCUGGAGCAAGGAAUCCAGAGUUAUGUGAAGAGAAAAGAAGAGACUUGCGACCUUCCCACCUACAAGCGAUUUUAUUUAAAUGAUGACACUGUGCACUUGCAAGUGGCAAAUUCUGAUUUGUUAUAUUGCCUCAAAACUGACAUGCUUCGGGUUUUGACCUAUCUGCGGUUGUCGUACUGUGCGACAACAGAUAUGUGCUGAUGGCUGAGGUGGGUUCUCCUUCCUGCACAGUGCGGUGGACUCUCCUGAGGCUUCCUCUCUCCUGAGGAGUGAAAUGGAAUGAUCACUGGAGAAUUCAGAGAAGGAAUCUAGGCCUGAGACAUGGGCCUAUGCAGGGGGUGGGGGGCAGAGUUCCCAGCAUCCCUGAGCCAGGGACAGCCAACGAGGGGUGGGAGGGGGGUGAUCAUGAAGGUGAGGGGACAAUGGCUCUUUGUUAAUUUUGGCAGAGUGGGAUUUUUAAUAAAGACCCUGGGUCUGUUCCCACA